AUGUGCUUUAGAGAUGGUCAGCAAGUUCUUGGAGAGGCAAGUGAACGUAAGAUUCAACAGAUUUCCUUGUCAGGCGUCACGGUGAAACGGAGAAUUAGUGAAAUGUUAGAUGAUAUCAUGGAACAAGUGAUACAGGAGAUUAAACCGUCUCCAACUGGUAUGUUCACAAUACAGUUGAAUGAGUCAACGGGUGUGAGUUCUUGUGCACAGCUACUUGCGUUUGUUAGGUAUGUAUUCCUGCGUGACAUCAAGGAUGAAUAUCUGUUCUGUAUACAGCUUGAAACUACCACAACAGCUUUAGAUGUGAUGGAAAAGUUGACUUCUCUCUUCACAACUAACGGGAUCACCUGGAAAAAAAUCUGUGGAGGCUGUACUGAUGGGGCCCCGACGAUGCUGGGAUCGAAAUCGGGGUUACAGAAGCACUUCAAGGAAGUAGCUCUGAUUGCCAAAGGGGUUCAUUGUGUGAUCCAUCGUUUUACACUGGCGUCGAAAACCCUCCCUGAUGCCCUCUGCAAGAUCCUGGAGGCAGUGGUAAAAUGCGUCAACUUUGUGAAAACAGGAGAUUUGAACUCUCGCUUUUUCCAGAACCUCUGUAGAGGCAUGGAUUCAGAGCAUGAAGCCCUCCUCUUUUACUCCAAAGUACGAUGGCUUUCCACGGGUAAUGAUGUGAAUCGAGUGUUCGAACUUCGGGGAGAACAUAAGUUGUUCCUGGAAAUGAAAGGGAAGGAUGAUCUACUAAGUCACUACAACGAGGUGUUGUGGGAGCCACGUCUUUCGUACCUGGCAGACAUAUUUGAGCAGCUAAACAGGCUGAAUCUCAAGCUACAAGGCAAGGAAAGAAAUGUGUUUCACCACAUUGACUGUAUUCGUGCAUUUCUUGACAAACUCCAGAACUGGCAAAGGAAAGUCAGUGCAGGAAAUUUUGCCAUGUUUGAGAAUAUCUCAAUUGUUCUUGACGAGAUUGAAGAGGAUCAUCUACUUGACCCAUCACUCAAAAAUUUUAUAAUUCAACACUUGAAAUCUUUGGAAAGUGAGCUCAAAAGGUACUUCCCAAAAUUCGAGAAAGAAAGGAAAUUGGUGAGGAAUCCUUUCUCUGGCACUCUUGAUAUUGCUGUCAUUCCCGACGAUGGUCAGCACGAAUUCCUUGAUCUCAGGAACGAAUCUGCUGUCAGAGACCUCUAUGAAGAAAAAUAUCUGACUGUUUUCUGGUGCUCAAUGUAUCAGUCAUAUCCAAAACUGACUGGCAGAAUAACCCUCAGUCACGGACCAAAGCUGAAACCUUCCACGAGAAAAAAAGCGGCGGCCCAGCGCAAGCUUCGAAAUCUAAGGAACAAAUGGUAG